GCACUAGAUGGCCCAGAGGCACGUCUUGCAGAUUACUUUGAUGUAAUGUCGGGAACAAGCACAGGGGGCCUUAUUACAGCCAUGUUAACUGCUCCCAAUACCCAAAAACGCCCUUUGUAUUCUGCGAAACAGAUUGUCCCAUUUUACCUCGAGCACUCUCCAAAUAUUUUCCCUCAAUCAAGGGGCACAUUAGAUGGUUCAAUUAUUGAGCCGGUUCAAAAUGCAACGGGACCAAAAUACGAUGGAAAAUAUCUUCAUAACUUGGUCCAUAAACUGCUGGGAACAACGAGGUUGCAUCAAACUUUGACUAACAUAGUCAUUCCUGCAUUCGACAUCAAGAAGCUCCAACCUACUAUAUUUUCCUCUUAUCAGGCACCAGCAAGCUCAUCCAUGGACGCUCCUCUGGCGGACAUUGCUAUAGCGACGUCUGCAGCUCCAACAUACCUUCCUUCUCACUAUUUCACAAACCAAGAUAAGGAUGGAAAGACUGAAGAAUUUAAUCUCAUUGAUGGUGGUGUGGCUGCUAAUAAUCCGUCUUUCCUUGCCAUAAGUGAAAUGACGAGACAAAUAGCGAAAAACAAUUCGAGCUUGGGCUUGAAUCAUAAGCCUUUGGAUUUCACUCGUUUUUUGGUGAUCUCAUUGGGAACGGGUUCGAACAAGACUGAGCAGAAGUACAAUGCUAAACUUUCGACCACGUGGGGAGCUUCUUCAUGGAUGUUUUACAAUGGAUCAUCUCCUUUAAUCGAUGUUUACUCUGAAGCAAGUGUUGAUAUGGUUAAUUACCACAACUCUGUGUUUUUUAAUGCAUUAGGUUGUGACCGUAACCAUCUCCGAAUUGAUGAUGACACCCUGACAGGGGAGCUGUCUUCGGUAGACAUAUCAACAAAAUCGAACUUGAACAAUCUAGUGAUGGUUGGCAAGAAGCUCCUCAAAAAACCACUUUCACGCAUUAACUUGGCCACCGGUCUUUACGAACCAAUAGAAAACUCCGGCAGUACCAACGAGGAUGAACUCAAAAGGUUUGCAAAGCUACUUUCGGACGAAAGAAGGCUCCGAAAAUGCAAAUCUGAGAGAAGUCAGACG